AUGGACAGCAAGUGGAAACAAUAUGAGGCUGAACUAACGUCAUUAAAGGACAUUGCUAUACCACGACGAGUCAUUACAUUAGACAAACCUACCGCUUUGGAACUUCAUGGUUUUUCAGAUGCUAGCGAGCUCGCUUAUGGCGCAUGCAUCUAUUUACGCUCAACUAACGACGAUGGGACACAUUCUACUCAGCUGCUCUGCUCAAAAAAUCGAGUAGCUCCCUUAAAGAGCUUAUCCAUACCACGCCUAGAAUUGUGCGCAGCGCUACUAUUGGCACGACUUGUCAAUAAGGUCACAAAGGGAUUAGUUCAUGACGUGAAGUCAAUAUACUUAUGGACUGACUCCACAAUUGUUUUAGCCUGGCUCCAAUCUUGUAGCCGCACCUGGACCCCGUUUGUCGCCAACAGGGUUGGUGAAAUUCAGCAUCUAACGACCACCCGCGACUGGCACCACGUUAGCAGUCAGGACAAUCCCGCCGAUGUUUUAUCAAGGGGAGUCAUGCCAAGUUCUCUUCGACUGACGUCCCUAUGGUGGUCGGGACCGCUAUGGUUGGGUCUCAAUAAAGAAGGUUGCCCAAGGUUUCCUGACAUCGUGGACGAGAGUCAACUUCCCGAGCGCAAAGCCACCGCCGUUGCCGCACUUACCAUCACAGAAUCAUCAUUCGACAUCUUCGAACGAUUUUUAAAGUUCACGAAACUAUUAAGAGUUGUAUCCUACAUUUAUAGAUUUUACAAUCAAUUAAAGCGGCGAACCAAAAUAUCGAAAGAUACGCCAUCACAUCUAACCAAUGAGAGGCAUCAAUCCAUUUUGCCUAUCGAAUUGGAAUACGCGGAACAAGUUCUCGUAAAAAUGGUGCAAAAUUCUAACUUCUCAACGGAACUAGAACUGCUCUCGAGCCAACGGAACCUUCCCAGGCACAGCCCAGUGUUAUCAUUAAAUCCAUUUAUUGAUCAAGCAGGAAUCUUGAGAGUUGGUGGUCGCCUUAAACUGUCGCAACUUCCAUAUAACGCAAAAUAUCCAAUGCUGCUGCCAGGACGUCAUCCUUUAUCUGCUCUCAUUAUUAAACACGAGCACGAGAGACACCUUCACGCUGGCCCCCAAGCCACCCUGUCGGUCAUUCGUCAGCGUUAUUGGCUUGUCUCCGCCAGAGAUGCGGUACGUCGAAUCACGCGUAAAUGCGUGAUCUGCUUUAGAAGUUCGCCAAGAUCUGCCUCUACACUCAUGGGAAAUCUUCCCAAAUCUAGAGUAACCGUGCCCGCUCGGGCUUUCGAAAAAUGUGGAGUGGAUUACGCAGGUCCUUUUUACUACAAGGACGGAGCAAGGAGGUCUGCUAAACUUCUCAAAUGCUACAUGGCCAUUUUCGUUUGCUUUGCUACAACAGCUGUUCAUAUUGAGUUGGCUGCGGACUUGUCGGCUGAAGCUUUCCUGAAUGUUUUAAAACGCUUUAUUUCCAGAAGAGGAUACCCAACAGACAUUUUUUCCGACAACGGUCUAAACUUCAUAGGCGCCGAGCAUGAAUUGCAGGAUUUGGCUGCAUUACUCAACACUCAAGAAACUCAACGAAAAAUUAUAGAUUCCAUGGCGGCCAACAGAAUCAAUUGGCACUUUAUACCUCCUCGAGCGCCUCAUCAUGGUGUUCUCUGGGAAGCUGCCGUCAAGAUUGCCAAGC